GAGUCACUCGCGUCUCAUUUCGUGACCGGUUCCCUUCGAGAACUCUUAGGCACCGGCCAACGGGAAUUCUGAAACUAAAGAAUCUAGCCAGUUCGCGGAAACAUUGAAAAAUGACGAAGAAGUUUGAGUUCCAUUGGCAAAUCGAAGUUCCGGAAUUGCUAAGAACCGGUAGUACCUUCGACAGGUGGUUCGAGGACAAAGAAAAUAGCGAAUAUGAACCGAAUUGUUUAUUCAAAGUCGACGAAUACGGGUUUUUCAUUUAUUGGAAGAGCGAUGGCAAGGACGGAGACGUGUUAGAGCUGGCUCAAAUGUGCGACAUUCGUUAUGGCGGUACACCUAAGGAUCCGAAACUGUGCAGUAAAAUAAGUAAACACGGCUCGAUGGAAGAGAUAGAUCAAAAGAGUUUAACACUUUGCUCGGGUAUAGAUUACACUAAUAUUCACUAUCAACACGUUGUGUGUCCCGACGCUCAAACGGCUAAGGACUGGCAAGCCGGUUUGCGAAUAAUCACGCACAACACCAAGGCUUCGAACGUAUGCCCGACUAUUCAACUGAUGAAACAUUGGAUGAGACUAAGUUUUCAAGUGGACCCAAAAGGGAAAGUACCGGUGAAAGUCAUAUCGAAAACGUUCGCGUCCGGUAAAACUGAAAAGCUCGUUUCCCAAGGAUUGUCAGAGUUGGGAUUACCCAGUGGAAAAAGCGACAAAAUUGAACCGGUAGACUUCACGUUCGAAAAAUUCAAGAAGUUAUAUUUCAAAAUCUGUCCCCGAAACGACAUCGAAGAACUAUUCCAGUCGAUAACCAAGGGACAAGCAGAUACGAUAUCGUUGGGGAAAUUAGUACAAUUUAUGAACGAAAAACAGAGGGAUCCCCGAUUAAACGAAAUUCUAUUUCCUCUUUAUGAUGAGAAACGAUGUACCGAGAUAAUCAAUGAUUAUGAACUGGAUGACAAGGCUAAAAACGCCAAAUCAUUAACGAAGGAUGGUUUCAUUCGCUAUUUAAUGUCGGACGAAAACGCGCCCGUGUUUCUGGACAAGCUCGAAGAAUGGAUGGACAUGGACCAACCCCUAUCGCAUUAUUAUAUCAAUUCCAGCCACAAUACUUACCUAAGUGGUAGGCAAAUUGGUGGUAAAAGUACCGUCGAGAUGUACAGACAAGUACUACUGGCUGGUUGCAGAUGCGUGGAGCUCGAUUGCUGGGACGGUAAAGGCGAAGACGAGGAGCCGAUCAUCACCCACGGUAAAGCCAUGUGCACCGACAUUCUCUUCAAAGAUGUGAUUUACGCUUUGAGGGACACCGCGUUCGUCACUUCGGACUACCCGAUAAUAUUGAGUUUCGAAAACCAUUGCUGUCUCAAGCAGCAAUACAAAUUGGCCAAAUACUGCGACGAGAUCUUGGGAGAUCUGUUACUAAUGGAACCGAUAAAGGAUUACCCGCUGGAACCCGGGCAUCCGCUUCCACCCCCGAGUGCCCUUAAACGAAAGAUAUUGAUCAAGAAUAAGAGAUUGAAGCCAGAAGUGGAGAAAGUAGAACUGGAACUGUUCCGUUCGGGGCAAUUCGAAGCUAAAGACGAAGUAGUGGAAGACCCCAACGCUCCUGCUCCACCCCCGCAGGAGGAGCCACCACCGGAAGCAGCCCCGGCCGAGGGUGCACCGCCCGGCGAGGGUGGCGAAGGCGGCGAGGCACCCCCUAUUCAAUACACCGGAAGCACUAUGGCCUGCCAUCCUUGGUUAUCGUCUAUGAUUAAUUAUGCGCAGCCUGUGAAAUUUCAAAGCUUCGAAACCGCCGAGAAGAAAAACAUACAUCACAAUAUGUCCUCGUUCUCCGAAACCGCGGCCCUCAAUUAUCUGAAAACGAACGCAGUGGAAUUCGUUAAUUAUAACAAACGCCAGAUGAGCCGAAUCUAUCCGAAGGGCACCAGAGCUGAUUCGUCCAACUACAUGCCUCAAGUCUUCUGGAACGCUGGCUGUCAAAUGGUAGCCUUGAACUUUCAAACUCCGGACUUGCCGAUGCAACUGAAUCAAGGAAAAUUCGAGUACAACGCGACGACCGGUUACCUGUUGAAACCAGAUUUCAUGAGGCGAGCAGACAAAGUUUUCGAUCCAUUCUCCGAGGACGUGGACGGCGUUAUCACUGCCCAAUGUUCAGUCCAGGUGAUCGCAGGACAGUUCUUGUCGGACAAAAAAGUAGGCACCUACGUUGAAGUAGACAUGUACGGGUUGCCCGCUGAUACGAUCAAGAAAGAAUUCAGGACGAGAAUGGUGCCUGGAAACGGCUUGAAUCCUGUCUACAACGAGGAACCGUUCCUAUUUCGAAAAGUCGUGCUACCUGACUUGGCUGUCCUUAGAUUUGGAGUGUACGAGGAGAGUGGAAAAUUGUUGGGACAACGUAUAUUGCCAUUGGACGGUCUUCAAGCUGGGUACCGACACAUUGCCUUAAAAACUGAAGCCAACUUCCCUAUGGCGUUGCCUAUGUUGUUCUGUAACAUCGAGUUGAAGAUUUAUGUACCCGAUGGAUUCGAAGACUUCAUGGCCAUGUUGUCCGAUCCGGGAGCAUUCGGCAAAGGAGCCGAGAAACAAGCCGAGACCAUGAAAGGUCUUGGAAUCGAGCAAACCGAUGCAAAAGCCGAAGCUAAGAAGAAAGAAGAGGAGAAAGCUAAGAAAGCGGAGUGGAAACCAGAAACAAUUACUAUAGAUCUUAUGAAGAAAGAGAAAACAUACAAAUUAGGAAAGAAACAAUUGAAGGAAUUGGAUACUUUGAGGAAGAAGCAUCAGAAAGAGAGGCAGACUAUGCAAAAGAAUCAUUGUACCGCUAUUGAGAAAUUGGCGAAAGGAAAGGAUAAAAGUGCACUGUUGCAAGACGCGAACGUGAAGAAGGUAAUAACCGAGCAGACUACUCAGUGGUCGGCAAUGGUGGAGAAACAGAGAAAAGAAGAGUGGGAAAUGUUGAAGGCUCAGGCGGAAGCCGGUAAGAGCGAGUAUAAAAAGUUAAUGGAGCUCGUCCAAGCAUCUCAAGUUAAACAAUUACAAGCGAAACACGAUAAGGAUAUGAAGGAUAUGAACGCAAACCAAGUGAAAAUAUCCGUAGAGACGGCGAAAGAAGUUAUGAACGAUAAAGCCCUGAAAUCGAAGGGCGACAAAGAUCGCCGACUCCGAGAAAAGAAGGAGCAGAACACUAAAAAAUUUAUGCAGGAGAGGAAAACUGUUCAGAUCAAACAAGCAAAGGAAAAGGAAAAGUUGCAGAAGAGCCAUGAGAAACAGGCGGCGAAUUUAGAGAAGGACGUCGAGGCGACGAUAGAAAUGUAUAAAAAUGAGACGAUUCACUUGGACCUGUCUUCGAAAACAGAAUUCUAUGUUUAAAUUGAACACACUGUUCGAUACCGAAGAUUCGUACUUAAGAACAAUUUUUAAUUAAUUUUAAUUACAUACAGUAUUUACAUUUGCUGUUACAAUAAAUAUUAUACGGUGUAAA